AUUAAUGUGAUAAUCGUGCAAAAGCAAAAAUCAAAAUUAAACCGACAAAUAAAAUGUAUGUUGAAAUGGAAUUGGAGUAUCUUGUAAAGGAUAAUGCGGCACAAAGAUUAUUUCAAUGUGGAUCACAACAUCAUCAUCAUUAUCAUCGACUAGAUCACCAUCAUCAAUGUCAGCAUCAUCAUGAUCAUCGUCAUCAUCCUCAGAGCACGACAACAUUCCUAUACCUGCUGCUAUUAUUACUGAGCUGCAUAAGCCUCACAUUGGCUGCUCCACAAACAUCUUGCAUAUUAUGUGAUAAAGAUGAUCUGCAGGCAAAGGAUCCACUCAAUAGUGAGACAUACGAGGAGUUUACAUUCGAUCAUCAAGUAUCCAGACAAGAAGCCAUUUUGGCACUGAGAAAGUUUAAUGAGACACAUGGCCCAAAAAACGCCUGCAAUUCCAUGAAAUGUACACCCGAUGUACUAAAAUAUUGCCUUGGACCACAGUUCAUCAAUGAUCAUUGCUGGUGCGAGCUACAGCAUAGAGACGAGGGUCUGCCUUAUGUUCCUCAUAUUUGUUAUGCCGGCGAAAAGGUCUACACAUCUUCGGUGGGUUCUUGCUUUCAUUUUGAAGAGGUGAAAGAAUGUUGUUGUGCCAGUGCUUUGGCCAAAGAAUGGCGCCAUAUUUCGGGUAAAUCUUUGUGCUGUUGUCCAACAAUAUUGCUGAUCGUUUUGGUGUCCUGUUGGUCUGUAUACGCCCAUUGGACAAGUUGGCGAAGUUGAAGUCGUAUCUUGCAUUAAUGCUGAUCUUGAUCCUUAUUGAGUGGAUCACCAGUCACCAGUCAUAGUCAUAGUGUUUUAGGGAGAAAACCAAAACCAAGAAAAAUAAGCCCAUUUUUUUGUACUAAAUUAAGUGUACUUAGUUCAAAGCUGUCCAAAGACCGAUCAAUAAAUGCAAAUGACUAAGCAUUAUACAAAUA